UAUCACCAUGCCAACAGUGAUAGCAGUAGAUACAUCUUUGUCUAUGUGCCGUCCUGUGCCGAUGGUAGAUGCUACAGAAACAUAUAUGUUUCAUAAUCUUGCAGUGCAUGGGCUCACAUCAUUAUUAGAUCACAUGAAUAACAGCUGUAAAUUAGAAUUUGUAUCUUUAAUGACCUUUAGUGGUAAUCGAGAAACUACUAUUCCUUUUACAAGAGAUUUUGAUAGCAUUAAAGGACCUUUAAUGUCACUUGAAUACUAUGAGCGCUCUAAUAUUCUGAAAGCAUUAGAAGGCAUACAAAGUUUGAUUAUGGAAGAGUGGGGUGCUGGUGUUCCAUCACAGGCUUUGCUAAUUACAGAUGGCUUAUUGGGACAAGAAAUGGCAUCAUUGAAGAAAGAUAUUGAAACACAUUACAGUGUUACUGAGAAGGGAUCUGAAGAUUCAACAUUUCCCUUACCCUUUCCCUUUCCUUGUAAACUACAUAUCAUGUACAUUGGUAGUUCUAAUGAUCCUUGCCUUCAGGCAUCUCUCCCCAUCUAUCAAAAGCUGGUUGAUAUUGCUGGUGGUGAAGGCCAAGUAUUUGUUCCAGAAGGAGCUCUAACUUUAAAAAGUGUUACGGCUAUGUUUACAAAAUUGGCUGAAGAAUAUUAUAGCCCAUUUCAUGGUGUCUUACACUGUGGACAUUUGACUUCGAAUGUGUCACUUUCUCCCCCUCCUGAACCCUAUUACAAAGCAAGAGAUUUUGAAACUGUGAAGGCGGAAAUUUCUUCCGAUAUUUAUAUCUGUGGUUUUUUGAGCAUAACAGAUGUUGCAAGUCCUCCUUCUCAUUCAAGGCAUCUAGUACUACCUUUACCAGGUUCUCAAGAAGAUUCCAAACCAAUUGUUAUGGAUGUAGACAAUGCUGAAGAUGAAACUGUAAAUGAAGAAGGAAAGCAGCCGUCAUUUUGUGUGUUGCUACAUGGAAGUUUGAAAGUUGAAAGUAUGGUCGCUAUUUGUCAACUUGGCGGUGAUUGGUAUGGUAUGUUGUAUUCAUGGGCUGAUAGCAAAAAGAAAUCAAAUUUAAUGCUGUCUGCGUUUGAACCAGGUGUAGAUGUAAUUUCAUGGCUUGGUGAUCUUAAUAAACUAGGACCCAUUGAACCAACUUCUUCCAGUUCCAGUGAUUCAUCAUUUCCAAUUAAACCAUCAGAAAAAAGGAGUUAUGCCCAAAACUGUGUUGUUUGGAUAAAGCAAUCGGGUUUGCAGGCUGACAUUCAAAAAAUACUGAGACAUGCACGAAAACUUCCAGAAAAGACUCAAAAUUUUUAUAAAGAGUUGAACAGGCUUAGGAAAGCAGCCUUAGCAUUAGGAUUUUAUGAACUUUUAGAAGGAAUGGCUACAAUUUUGGAUCGAGAGUGUACUUUGCUACCUGGAUUUGCACAUCCAGAUGCUGCAUUACAAUUAACACAUUCUGCAAAUGCAUUGAGGAAUGGUGAUAGAAAUUACAAUACUGUAAUUUUGCCACUUAAAACAAAAUAUUCUGCAAAUGAAUAG